UUCAAAAUAUUGCAGCUGAUUUUCUUACGUGUACAAGCCAUUGAAAACAAAUUGAAAUGAAACCACGGCUUGUUUGUCGUUUUCAGAUGAUUUCAAAAGUGUUUAUUGUAUUGCUUUAUACCAUUCAAUGUUCAGGGUCAAAAAUUUCAGAUUUGCGACUUUGUGCAGACGAUGAUUGUAAAACUAUGUUAUCAUUAGCUAAGACAUUAGCCAGACAUCAUCACAAUGACCCUAUUUUCCUUACAUUCAGCCGGGGAGAAGUUGUAGAAGUGUUAAGUAAAUCUGCAGGAAACAGACCAGAUCUUUGGGGUGGACAGAUUGGAGAUAGAAAAGGUUACUUUCCAAGAUCAUUUGUGAGGGAAUAUAAAGUGGAAAUCCCCAACCCAGGAAAGAUUGUUCCCACAGAGGGUAAUGAACCAAAGCCACCAUUGACACAAUCAGAAGGUGAAAAGGAUGAUACGGAACUUGAAGAUGACGAUGAGACUGAUAUUAAAGAAGAUGACGAAGGAUACCAAAGUGAUGAGAACCCAGAGGAAACAGAAAAAAAGGAUAACAAAGAUGGGACAGAGUUAUCAGACGAUGAUGGAACAGAAAUUGAAACAGAAGACAAUGAGAUCAAAGUCCAGGAAGAUAUUGGAAAGCCAGAUGAGGUCAAAAAUGAAGCACAACAGAAUGAGGUCAGAGGUGAAGGCCAACAAGAUGUAGGGAAGGAUGACAAGAUAAAACAAGACCAACAUAAAACUGGAAGUGAUGAAACAGAGGAACAAGAUGGAGAUGAAAAGACAGAAAAGACCACAGGAGAUGAUACCAAACCAGAGGAGAUUAAAGAUGAUAGUACAGAGGUAGAUGAAACAGAAGUAGGGGGAGAUGAAAUGGAGACAGAUGAUAACAAAGAGGAUAUAAAAGAUGUAAAGGCAGAUGAAUCUGAUAGUCUAAAACCAGUGGAAAAAAGUACUGAUACUCCAGAUGUCAAAGGUCAACCCUUGUUAAAGGGUCAAGAACAGAAAAUAACAGAUGGUGAGAAACCUGAUUUACAGAUUGUUGAAUCGGAUGAAGGAUUGCAAAUAAGUGAUGAAAAUCUAUUGGAUGAAAAAAAGGAGGAGGAAAGUGAAAGCAAAGAAAAUGAAAGUGAGGGGAAAGUUGAAGUAGAUGAGAAAGAGGAAAGAAAAGCUGUUGAAGACAGGAAAACUUCACCUGACUUAGUUGAGGCAACACCAUCACCUAAUACAGAAAAACCUUUAAAAGAGACCCAGACACCAGAAUCACUUAACAUAGAAAAGCCUGUAGAAGAGGUUCAGGCAACACAAUCACCUAACAUAGAAAAACCUUUAGAAAUGGCCCAGGAACCAGAAUUGCCUAACAAAGAAAAGCCUGUAGAAGAGGUCCAGGCAACACAAUCACCUAACAUAGAAAAACCUGUAGAAGAGGUCCAGGCAACGCAACAAUCACAUAACAUAGAAAAACCUGUAGAAGAGGUCCCUGCUAAAGAGAUGACCCCACCUUCUGUUGAAGUGAUCCCAUCUGAGGAGGUCAAGCCCACUCCUGCUGUUGACAUACCUGUAGAAUUUAAGGAGACCUCUGCUGAUCAAGUGAAGCCCACACAUGUAUUGGAAUCUUCACAACCAUCAGUAAUGGAAGGAUAUACAAUCAUUGAUGGCACACCUUUCCCUUUAGAUAUGUUUGAAGAUUCUGAACCAUUGAAAACAGCCCUUAAAGUGGAAAGUUCAACACCAGUAAUACAGGCUACUGUUACACAAGAUGUUGUUGCUAGUCAAAAAACACCAGUAGAAGAAGGUAGAAAUGUUGUAGAAAUGGAACAAAAGCAGACAUUUGAGCAGAAAUCUCAGACCCAAGAACAGGAGGUGACCAAGCAGUCAGGUCAGACAGGACAAGAAAGACCAGUGGAAAGUUUACAGGGUCAAACUCAACAGAAAGAGAGUCCACCUCAGGUGCCUCAAGAAACUGGUCCAAUAGGACAAAAAGAUAAAUCAAUAGAAAUCCAAACACAACAGAAAGAGAGUUCCCCUCAAGAACCUCCACAAACUGGUCAAACAGAACAAGGUCAACAACAACCACAACAGACAGGUCAAGACCAACAGAAAUUGACUUCACCUCAGGUAACUGGGCAGACAAAUCAGAGACAGGAUCAGGAUAUAACUCGAGAAUUUGACCAGCAACAUCAACAAAAACAGCAAGGUGAACAAAUACAGCAAGGUCAACAAAUACAGCAAGGUCAACAAAUGCAGCAAGGUCAGCAAAUACAGCAAGGUCAGCAAAUACAGCAAGGUCAACAAAUACAGCAAGGUCAACAGGUACCACAAGAACAACAAGGUCAGCAAGAGCAAACAGUUGAACAAGUGAGACAACAGGAACCAGCAAGCCUAACAGAUCAGGAAAAAAUGCAACCAGAAAAAUUUGAACCAACUCAGUCAGUUCAGACUGAACAGCUAAGUGAAGAUCAGAUUCCAAAUAAGAAGGAGUUUCAGACAGGUCAAAUGCCAAAGGAACAGGAGAUCCAAGAUCAGAAAACAAAAGAAGACAAAAACAUUUUGAGUGAGGCUGUUAAAAAGGCUUAUGUCUCUCAUCCUGAUGUUGAAUUUUUAGACUUUUUAGAUGAGGAGAAGAAAGAAUCAAAUGAAGAAAAACCUGCUGUUGAACAGCAAUCCAGUUCUGUUCAGACUGGUUCCCCAGUUAUAAGUGAUAAACCAGAUCAACAAGGUGAUGCUCACCAGAAUUCACCACUGAAACAACAAGAACAAACUGGCUCUUUAACACAAGCACAACAACAAGCUGGUUCUUUACCCCAGCAACCAUCACCACCACCAGAACAACAAACUGUUUCCCCAUUGGUGAGUGAUAAACCAGUACAGCAUCAGCAUAGUUCUUUGCAACAGCAAACUGGUACCCAAGCACCAUCACCAGCUGAUGUUAAAGAGAUAAAGCCAUUAACAGAAGGUGGUAAGACCCAGCCCCAGGUAUUGCAGAAUGACAUUAGAAGUUCCCUGUCAGUAGCUGAACAACUUAUGUCUUCUAUGAACAUGGACAUUCCAGCCAAACAACAGCAGCAUCAGGCAACAAUGGUUCUACAGGAUAAUACUGAUAUCAAGUUCGGAACAGCGAAUGCCACUGACACUAAUGUGCCACCUGCCAAUACAGAGCCACAAGUACAUGAUGUUUAUAAAACUGCUGACUUCUUGACUAGGAAGCCAUUAUCACACAAUACGGAUGCAAAUGUGGGUGGGAUACAGAGUGUUCAACCUGAUAUUAAAACUGAAGAGAAACCACAGACUAUUACACCUUUACCACAAAAGGAGAUAACACCACCACCUAUACAAGAUGAGAUACCACCGCCACCAUCACAGCAAAAUGUGACACCUGACCCACAAGAUACGGUCCUUACUCGGAAGAUUACUGAUGACACCCUUGAGGAAGAGGAGAAUAAGGAAUACCAGGAACAACAAGCAUGGAGGGUUGGAUUCAGAGGAUUGGAAGCUAAACUUAAACUGGUUGUAGAAAAGCUUCCACCCUCAAUUCAGUCUCUGUUAGAACAGGAACCAUUAGGUCUGACACCACAGAUGACAGUCCUUGUUGUCAUAGUAACAAUUACAAUGUUAAUGACCAUUUCCUGUCUGUCCUGUUUAUGUGGAGGAAAAAAGAAACCAAAGAAAACAGAUCCAGUAGUUGUGGUUAGAGGUCUUGAAGAAAAGUUAUUCAUAGCCACAAAAGAAAGAGAAAAUGUUGAAGAUGAACUUGAAAUAUCACAGAAAAGAGUUAAAGAGCUAGAAGAGGAAACAAAAUUGCUGACUUUAUCAUCUGGUGAUGUAGCAACAGAAAUCAACAAGUACAAGACCUUGAUAAAAGAGUAUGAGAGUUCAGUGUCAUCCCAACAAAAUGAGAUUGAUAAAUUAAAUACAGAAUUGUCACAGAAAAAGAAAGAGACACAGACCAAGUCACAUAAAUUUGAGGAAACACAGAAACAGCUAAAGAAGAAAGAACAAGCAGUUGAAUCAAUUUCAGAGAAACUGAAAAAUGCUAAUAAAGAAUUAGAUAGUGUAAGGACUGACCUGAAGUCUGAGAAGAAUCAGAACAGUUCUCUGACUAAACAGAUAGAACGGUUAGAAGUUAGUAAACAACAGUUAUUACAAGAAGCAGAAGAUUGGAAUGAAAAAGUUCAAGAUUUAACAGAGAGAUAUGAGACAUUACAGAAAGGUCAAACCCAAGUUCAGGAAGAUUUGGCUUUCAAAGAAAAUGAAUUAGAGGUUUUACGAGAUUGUUUCUUGCAAAUGAAAGCUUUUGAGAGUGAAGAUUCUGAAGACCAAGAUGAAACAGAUAGUACAAGUAUACAAGAUAAAUUAAAGUCUAUGAUGGAUGUAUCAGGUGUUAAUGCUAGGUUAAAAACAGUAGAAGAUGAAAGAAAUAUAGUACAGAAUAGAAUUGAUAUAGAAGUUCAGAGUAGAAUAGAUAUGGAAGAACAAAUAGCAGAAUUAGAAAGAAAAAUGGAGGGUUUAAAAACAGAUAAAAUGAAAGCAGAGAGACAAAGUAAUGAAGCUACAACCAAAUUAAAUGUUCUUACUAAUUAUUUCAAAGAAAAAGAAGCUCAAUUACAAAGAGAACUAGGUGAACAAGAAGCUUUAAAGAAACAAAACAAAAAUAGAUUAGAAAAUGCAGAUGAAACUGCCAAAAUGGUAAAAGAAGAAUUAGAAAGUUACAAAUCACAAACAGACGACCUGAAAAAAGAAAUUUUAUCUGCAGAAAGAGAUUUCAGAUCUCAGAUAGCAGCCAAUGAAAAGAAAGCCCAUGAUAACUGGUUAUCAGCGAGGGCAGCCGAGAGAGAACUAAAAGAAUCACGACAUGAAUGUUCAGUAUUAAGACAAAAAUUAACAGAUUUAGAGAGAAGACUAAUGCAGGGCCCCAGUGGUUUGAUACGACCGCUACCAACACGAGGCAUGCCUCCUCCAGGGAUGAUCAAUGGACCAUUACAUCCAUCAGACAGACCAGGAUCACGGAGUGGGCCAUUCCCUCCACCUCCAGGAAUGAGGGAUGAAGACAUGAGAGGAUCUCCAGUUAGAUUACCUCCCCCCGACCGACGUGGAGGUCCACGGAUGCCACCACCAGAAUUGCGAUCUCCUCCUCUGGAUAGGCAUGGAGGACCAAGAAUGCCACCUCCAGAUCUUCGAUCACCGCCACCAUUUGGCAGAGGACCACCUCCUCCAAUGGACAGAAGGUCACCACCACCUUACGACAGAUUAAGAGGGCCACCUGGUUAUAGAAUGCCUCCGCCUCAUGAUAUGCUUCCUCCUCAUUUACGAGGGCCACCACCACCUCGUUCUUCCUCACCCCCUAGAAUAGAUCCAUCAGGGGCGGGGACACCUCGACACAGAGAACAAGAUCAAGACAACACCCAAAGACAGUCAAGUCAAGUCUGAUAUAGAUAAUCAUGUGAUUAUAUGACAUCAUAGACAAUCUGAUCAUGUGAUUUAACAAAUAUGAUCAUGUGAUAUUACAUAUCUGAUCAUGUUACAUUUACAUCAUAGUUGGUGCGGACAAGAAGCUCAAUAAAAUUGUAUUACUAACAGGAUUAACCAAAGUUAUCAGGAGUUCAGUUGGGCCAUAAUUUUACUUCUAGUCAAAAUACUUCUGUUCAAUUAUAUUUGAUCUCUUCAGAAUAGAUAUAACCUUCUGACAAUGUAAUAUAUUACAGUGUUUGUAACUUUUGACUCAUGCCAUCAUAAUUAUAAUGUUUUUUUUUCAGUAUAGUUAAUAGGUCAUAGGUGAUUUGGAUACAUUUGUAUUUACAUUUAUCAUAAUACUGUUAAUUUUUAAAUGAACGUGCCUUUAUGAAUGUAAAUCAUUUUAUAAGAUGACUGAACAUAUAGAUUGAUAUUCAAGGAAGCUUUUCACUGAAAAAUACACAGUUGGAAAGAAUAAAUAAUGUGGUCUGAGAUUUACAGAACAAUCCAAACAAGAUUGAUUAUCUGAGUAGUGCCAGACAUCAAAGAAAGUUAACACAUAUAUCAUAUGCAUUUGAAUGUAGGACAAUUGCUUAGUAAAAGUUAACCAACUGGUGGCCCACACUUCUUGGUACUGGCAAAAUUAGCAUAUUUCGUCGAAAUUGAUGCUGAAACACAAUGGCAUUGAAGUAGUUAAUGUAUUAAUCAUAUAAGUUCAAUAUUUUAAAUUUCAUAAGGUGUAUAUCUGUCUCUAGAAUGUUAUGUUAUGUCACAAAAAUCAACCUUUGUUUGUGAUAGAUAUUAUUAAAGUGACCUUGCUUCAUAUUUUACAAUUGGGUGCAUGGUGAUAAUAUAAGAAGUAUAGUUAAAGUAGAAUUGCAGACUUUUUAGUUUUGGGAAGAUUGUGACAAAACAAUAAAAUGAAAUUGUUUUUGCAUUUUGUUCACCUUGUUAUAUCCUUUUAAUCCAUGGACAUACAGAACCAACGCAAUUUACCAGUCUGUGGUUCAUGUCACAAAAAAUCAAGUCGUGAACAUUUCUGCAUAACUUAUUAUCAAUUUUAAUUGGUAGAUUUGAGUGCAAAUUGAGUCACAGAGUUGUAAUUUUUUCCUAUAGUGCAAUUUAAUUAUCAUGUUUCUGAUUGUUUUGUGGUAGUAGUUAGUGGUAUUUUAUGGCAACUAUUUACUGUGUGUCCCAAGAUUCCAUCUGAAUAUUUUUUACUUUAAAAUUUCUGUGCUAACAUCAGACAGGAGAUAAAAUUUUGUGCCAUACCUAUUAUAUUCCCUAUGUGGUAAAUAUUUAUCCACUUACAUAGUUUUAAACUGUCUCCAAUAUUUUUUAAACUUUUUUUCUUUCUCUGCGUGUAAUUUUGGUGUUUUCUUCUUAAAGACAAACGAUGUCAGCAAAAAUAAAGAUAAUGUCAACGCACGAAUGCCUUUUUCCUAAACUUCAAUCAGCCACAUACUGUGGAUUCAGUUAUUUUUGUGGUUACCAAUUUUUGUGGAUUAAGGAAUAUUUGUAUUUUUAUGGAUAUUUGAUUUCAUGAUUUGCCAAAGUCUGCAUACAAUGCUUAUAGAAAAUUUUAACUUUGUUAAACAUUUAAUUUUGUGGUUCACGUAAAUACUUGAAAUCCACAAAAAUUGAUAUCCUAUGAAAAAUAAUGAAUCAACUGUACUAAGUGCUUACUUUUCAACAUCACCUUGGGACACACAGUGGUUUUUAUUACCAUUGUCUUUAUCUUCAAAGCUUUUGUUUUGUUUAGUUUUUAAUCAAGUAUGCCUGAAUGUUAGAAUGAAAUGUUAAGGGUAAAAGUUCUUCCACCUUUUCUGUGUGUCUGUCAUAUUUUGGUAUUCAUGGUGUAAAUAUUAUCACUACAAUAUGUUGAAAAUAUUUCAGUGAUUGUUAAAGAUGAAUUAUAACAGUUACUGUUGAUUCAUUCAUUUUGUGGGUACAGAUUUUCGUGGAUUUAGGAAAACUUACAUUUUUGUGUAUAUUUGAUUUCGUGGUUAAGUCAAAGUCUGCAUACAAGAAUAAAGAAAAUUUGUAGUUCGUUGAACAUUUAUAUUCGUGGUUCACCUUGACCCAUGAAAUCCACGAAAAUUGGUAUCCCAUGAAUUAUAAUGAAUACACAGUAGUUUAUUGGAUUAGCUUAAUGAUCUUUGUACAAAGUAUGAGUGGUGUGAUAAUUGAGAGAAUGAGAGUAGUAAUAAAUAAAAUAAAAGAGGUGUGUCUAAAGUAAACUGUCUCCUGUGAUGCUGAUCAAGAUUGAAUUAUUAAAUGUCUUAUAUGAGUAAUUCUUUAUUAUGGCCUUCUUAAAAUAAUUUUAAGAUGUGAUUCAAAUAACCUAGUGAUUUUAUCAUUUAGUUGAUAUUAAUGUUGAUAUUAAUGAUAAUCAAGGGUAAAAAUUCCUGAAAAAUAUUCAAUUCUUUCAACAUUAAUACUGUAUUAAUUGUUAAAAAAAAAAAAUGACAGUUAUCCUUGAAAUUGUCAAGGUCAUGUUAUAGCCUAUUGUUAGACUAUAAAGCUUUCCAUCUGAGUUAGGGGAUUUUAAAUAGAGUUGUUUACAUUUAUUAAUAAUUGGUUAGAGUUUUGUAUUUUUGUGCUCAAUUAAUAAAGGCAUCCGCUGGUUUUUUUUCCUGACAGAACCAGUUCAUUUUUUGGUGGCAUUUUUAUGUUUAGGUGUAAUACCACCAAAUCAUAGUACGUCACAUCCGGUUGCAUACGAAAAUAGGUCGAAAAAAAAUAUUCCCUUGAAUUUGACAGUUGUAGGUAAUUGAUCCUACAUUUCAUUGCAGUAAAACAUUUCUGAGUCAUAAACAUAUAUCUUGGGUAUUUCAAAGCACCAUUAUUUCUUUAUUUGGGGUUUCUAUAGAAUAUUUUGGAAACUUGAGGUUACAUGGUUACUAAAGCUUGUACACAGGUUAAAAAAGGGGGAAAAUUUGAUUGGUUAACUUCCAGUGAUGGUUAUUUUCUUAUAUGCAAUGAAAUGUUAUAUGAAAUUUUUUCUAUAGUACUGGACAGGAUAAAACAUUACUCAUGCCAAGUAUUUCUUUAUUUGAAACAAAGAUAAAUUCUGCACAAUUUUUUGAAAAGUGCAAAUUUAACAAAGACUAAUAGGGGAAAAUCAAUGGUGGUAUUACACCUAAUAUGGGAAGCUGUACAUGCACCUUUGACCUUGUGAGUACUCUCAUGUGUUAAAAUUUCUUGCUAUUUAAGUGAAAUAUUACAAAUAAUGAAAUAUUCUGAGUGGAUUGAGUCUCCAAAAUACAUUUUAUGAGAAAAUUUCCUUGAAAUAGGACUUUACCAUGAAUAUUAGUUGACAGAACAAGCCAUACUUAGAGUCUUGGGGAGCUUUUUCUCCUUAUUUCUUAUAUUCUGCUAUACUAGAAAAUUUUUCCUAAGAAAUACUUUAAUAAAUAUAUAGUUUUAAGUAAAUGAAAUUAAUUUUAAAGCAGUAACAACAAAUUAUUCACCAAAAGAGAAGUUUUUUAUGUCCCUCUCUGGAACGCGGCGUAAAUUUAAGUUUUACGCAAGGACUUAUUGAAACCUCCUUGGAGACAGUAAACUUUUAUACGGAUAGUUCAAGCAGCUUGAAUACUUCAAUUAAUCAUUUAUAAUAACAUUUCUAUCAUAAAUGAGUGAAAGUUACCCCAAAUUUUUAUUUAUUGGCCUAAAAAGUAGAAAUUUUGAGGAAAUGAGAGGUAUAAAUGGACCAAAAGAGACUUUAUAAGGAAGAAUAAGAGGUCCAUUAGUAGUAUUUAUCAUCCUAAAGUCAUCUUUUGUAUCAUAUUCAACUGUUUGUAGGCAGAUGAGAUAAAUAUUUGAUCAUUUAUUGGUCCACACUAUAUUCUAUCAUGAUGCGGCUUGGUUUGAAUUUUUCGAAGAAAUUUUGCUCGAAUCGCUGUAGAUGUCGUCUUACAUUAUACUAGAUUUUUCUCAAAAUAUUGAACUGAUUAUGACAAAACUUGACAGGAAUGCUUGAAAUAACCAGUAUUACAAAGGAAAAAAGUCACAUUCAGUUUAUUCAACAAAAAAGUCUUCUUUAGGUGUAAUACCACCAAAUCAUAGUACGUCACAUCCGGUUGCAUACGAAAAUAGGUCGAAAAAAAAUAUUCCCUUGAAUUUGACAGUUGUAGGUAAUUGAUCCUACAUUUCAUUGCAGUAAAACAUUUCUGAGUCAUAAACAUAUAUCUUGGGUAUUUCAAAGCACCAUUAUUUCUUUAUUUGGGGUUUCUAUAGAAUAUUUUGGAAACUUGAGGUUACAUGGUUACUAAAGCUUGUACACAGGUUAAAAAAGGGGGAAAAUUUGAUUGGUUAACUUCCAGUGAUGGUUAUUUUCUUAUAUGCAAUGAAAUGUUAUAUGAAAUUUUUUCUAUAGUACUGGACAGGAUAAAACUUUACUCAUGCCAAGUAUUUCUUUAUUUGAAACAAAGAUAAAUUCUGCACAAUUUUUUGAAAAGUGCAAAUUUAACAAAGACUAAUAGGGGAAAAUCAAUGGUGGUAUUACACCUUUACUAUUUUAAGCAGCAGUAAGGUCAGUCAGUAUAUUACUGGAACCUGGCUUAUUUUUUCCGAGGAAAUUAUUCUUUUUUAAUUAUUUUGAAAUGUUAUUUAUUUUAUAUUAGGUAAGAAAAUGAAAUAUUUCUUUAACAACUAUUCUGUUUUUUCGAUGUUUUAUUAUUUCAUUAUUUCAAGUACUAUUUCGUUUCUUAGUUUUUUCAGUUUUUGGAAAUAGUGCAUGAUUUAUCAUAUCUAAGAUAACGAAAUAAUGUUUCAAAAUAAUGAAAUAAUAAUUAGAUGUUUGGAAGUGAUAAAUUGGAAGCAGGAUUGAAUAUAUAUGUUUUAAAUUUGUUUACAAAAGAUAGGUUUCAAUAUGACACAAUUUGAGUUCGAGCUAUUUCCCUUGGCUCCAUUUUUGAGGAGUAAACUCACCAAAUUGAAAUGCGAUACAAACAAGUCUGAUAAAACAUACUUACUAGAUCAUAGUGAUGAAUCUAGCAAGGCUCAAAGAAAUUAAAAUUGUUCAGAAAACAACUUUUUCUAAAGUCUAGCGGUCAGUUUCACAAGUUGAAUUCGGCUGACUUAUGAAAGAAUUUGUGCACCUAGAUCUCUAACAUGAUGACAAAAGGGAAGUAACUCUUUCUCAAAUUGUUUCAAUCGAAACCUAUCUAUUAUAUUUAAAACAGUUACUUUUUUUUCAACCUAAAAUUUAAUGUAAUUAUAGCAGAUCAAACAUCAAAGUAAACAAUUAUUAAUGAUUAUUUUAUCUAAAGUAAUAUAUUAAAUUAUAAUUAAAAAAUAAAUUGUCUUUUCUUAUUUAUCUUUAGUUGUAUGCUAUAUUUGAAAUAGAAAUCCUGAUAACGAUAUUAAGUAAGUUUUUUCAUUUUGAUAAACAAUCUGUUGUAAUACUCAGACAAAAACAUUGUUACCUGUAUGUUGUGCCAUAAAUUUUUACUAAAGGGUCAAUAUAUUAAGACAUUGAAUAAAAUUUUAUAAAUGGUUGAAUAUUAUGUGCAAAACAUAUAUUAAUAAGAUUUACACAAUAUGUACAUACAUUCAAUGGGAAAUCCAGGACUUUCAGUAAGGAGUGAGGGGCCCACAUGAAAAUAAGUCAAAAAUCAGAAAAUUGUACUAAAAAAAACUUUUUGACUGAAUUUAUAGUAUCUUUUACAUGAUAAUUAAUUGUAUUGAUUUUAUCCUAUUGUUCUAUAAUUAAUCAAACAAAUAUUGAUGUAUUUUCUCUGAAAUCAAAAUCUAACUAUAAGUAUUGAUUUAAUACUCUCUUGCAAGCAAACACAUCUUUGUAUAUUACAGAAAUAUGAAAUGUAUCUAAUUUCACUGUAAAAAAAAUGAAGUUUGUCAAGGUUUUCUUAUGGUUGUGACCAUCUCUCGUUCUUCAAUCUUAAUAAUAAUAAUAAACUUGCCUAAUGCUCAGCUGCUGGUUUAUUAUAAUAUUGAAAUUAAAUAACAGGAGUUGAUAUCAAGCAUUAUCUACAUGCUUGUUCAUUUUUUUCAUAUUGAAAUUAAUGACUGGAGUUGAUAUCCAGCAUUAUAUAGUUCUCUCUCGUGAAGAAACCUAUAAAUAUACCAUUUAAUCAAGCUAUAUGUCUGAUGUUAUUAUCCAGUCUGUAACACGUUGAAAUUUUCAACCAAAAUGGGUUCAGUAGUUCUGCAAGACGAUCCUAUUUAUGAAAGUCAUAGGUCUAAGGUCAAGGUCAUUUGAUAAUUUUAGAAUAAGAUAAAUGCGUUACUUUAUGAUGCUGUUUUUAUGCUACUCUUGACCAUUAGUCUUUUUGUCCGUCCCAUCUUUGUUUGUUUGAAGCUUGAAAGGGGGCAUUCAUGUCCUCAGACACAUUCUUCUUUUAUUUAUUCAUUAUAUAUUAGUUUCACAGCAUCAAUCAUUAUGAAAAUAAGGAGAUGUGGUAUGAUUGCUAAUGAGACAACUAUCCACCAAAAUUCAAAUUAACAACUAUAGGUCACCGUACAGACUUUUUAAAAAAAUUUAUUUAGUCUUUUUUGCUGAUUGUUUUAUUUUUGGGGCAUGUUUUAUUCUAAAAAAAAAAAAAAAAGAAUAUCUGAGAAAUGAAAUUAGUCUUAAUAAUAUUUGUUAGUGGUUUAACUUUGUUUGUUUGAAUAGAAUGUGAAUGAAUUACAUGUAAAUGAGAUGUAAAUUAUUAAAAGUAAAUGAAUGUUUAUUUAUAUGUGAAUUAUGUGAGAAUUACAUUUGUCAUUUGACAUCAAAGAUGAAAAUACAAAUAAAAUGAAAAUAAAUUAGUGUUUUUGAA